CUCCCCUUCAGAAGGCAGCAGGUUGCAGCAGCCCACACUCCUCUUUCCCAAACUUUCUUUGCAUAUUAGCCAAGCCCCCCCAAAAAAGUCAAAGUGUCAUUCAUUCACACGCAGCUACCUCCUCCUUUCAGACACACACAUUUUAAGCGUUGUGAACCAUUUGCUUCACUUGCUUUUCACAUUUUUGUGUUCUAGGCCCCCCACCCCCACGCCCCCCGACCCGUUUGGAAGUCACCUGGAUAAUUCUGAUGAACUUGAACUGAGAGAUUAGAGGGAAGACGAGCGGGAAUUGAUGAUCCCGGAGCGCCGUCCUGGGAGGGGAUUUGUGAGGCGAGGCGGCAGCGGGAGGAGGAGCGGGUGAUCGGAACGGGCCGACCAGGACGAGGACGAGGAGGACGAGGAGGAGGAGAGCAAUGGGCCGCUCUUCUGUUUGCAUCGUUCUCCUGUUGCUUUGCCUCCCGUGUCCGAGCGUCACGGCACAAGCUGAAGCAUGCAGGACGGUGGUGCAGGCAGACAUGGUGUUCCUGGUGGACGAGUCGUGGAGUGUGGGCCCCAGUGGCUUCUCCGCGGUUAAAGACUUCAUCUCGGCAAUGAUCUCCUCCUUCCAGGACAGCCUCGUAGGAUCCGAGGGCGUCCGCUUCGGAGUCACCGUCUUCGGGGACGUCCCCAGGAUGCGCAUCGCUUUGACCGACUACAGCUCCCUGGAGGAGGUGCUCGGGGCCGUCGGGCUCCUUCCCUAUGAAGGCGGAGCCAGGAAGACGGGCGCCGCCCUCCAGUUUCUCGUAGACCAGGUUUUCAGCCCCGCGAUCAGCCGAGACCACGCACCCAAGGUGGCCAUUUUAAUAACGAACGGACCGUCGGACGACCCCUUUGACGCCGCAGCCAAAGAAGUGGCCGACAAUGGGAUUUCCCUCUAUGCUGUCGGCGUGAGGGGAGCCGACGAGGCCGAGCUGAGGCUGACGGUGUCUCAUCCGUACGAGGAGCACCUCUUGAGGGGCGCUGGCUUCCCCCUGCUGGAGGCCGCGCUCCCCAAAUUGUCACGUCGCGUGUGUUUCACCGCCUCCGAACCGCCGCGCCCCGUCAAAAAGCUGCAGCCCGUCAAAGAGCCAGUCACGGGUCCAAAAGAUCUGCAGGUUAGCGAGCUGGCCUACGGCUCCCUCAGACUGACGUGGACGGCGGCCACGGGGGACGUCGCAGGCUAUCGACUCUUGGUCGUCCCUCUCGGCUCCAGAGGAGAACCCGAUCGCCCACAGCAGAGACAGAUUGAUCUGAAAGCAGACAUGACAACGGUCUUGGUGGAAGAGCUCGACCCAACAACUUCUUAUUCCCUGACUGUGUACGCCGUGUAUCCCAGUCACGUCGGAGAGUCCGUAACCACUACUGCCCAGACGACGCCUUUGCCUCAAGUGUUAAAUUUCCGAGUUAUCGAAGAGGGUCUUUUCUCGUUACGUCUGGGCUGGACGCCCCCUCUGAAGAAGCUCACCGGGUUCAAGAUCAUCAUCCCGAGAUCCAACCGACCGGGCUUCGUGUACGAGCAGCUGCUCCCGGGAGACGCCUCCUCUCACGUGAUUGACAGCCUGGAGGAGGACAAAAAGUACACCAUCAGUAUUUUUGCGGUUUACCCGCAGGGACCGAGUGAACCCGUUUCCAUCGAGGCAAAGACAUUAAAGCUGGUAGCAAUUCAAGAACUGCUGGUCCAGAAUGCAACCACUGACACUGUGCAGGUCAAAUGGACUUCAGUGAAAGGCGCUACAGGAUUUCGUCUCACGUGGGCGUCGCCAGAUGGCCACAUAGAGAACAUCAACCUGAGGGAUACCUUUGACUUCUACAUGAUCCAGGGCCUCCACGCAGGUGCCGAGUACACCGUCGCCAUGAACCCCAUCUUUGGAGACGUAGAGGGGGCUGUCACAUCCGCCAAAGUCAAGACAUUGGAAAGCAGCGUGGUGCAAACCCUGAAGGUGUCAGCCGUGAGCACCAGCAGCGCUGUCAUCUCGUGGAACAGCGUGUCAGGGGCCACGGGAUACCGGCUGGCCUGGGGACCCACUACAGAAUUUGUGGGACGGGAUCGCCCGAGGCAGUUGGCGCUGAACGGCACCGCCACCGAGUACCAGCUGAAGAAUGUCGCUCAUGACACCGAGUACGCGUUGACUCUCUACGUGCUCUUUGGAUCGGUGGUCGGGCCCGGCAUCACCGCAACCUUCCGAACAUCUCCUUUAGGUUAUGUGUCCAGCUUUGAGGUGACAUCCUACACCGGCACCUCCAUAGAUGUGCAGUGGAGCCCAAUAGUUGGCGCUACUGAGUACAAACUCACCUGGAACACUGAUGAUGGCAGCCCCCAGUCACGCUACUUGGACCACAGCGUUCUCUUCUAUCACAUCACCGGGCUGAAGCCGCAAUCCACCUGCACGAUCGCAGUCCGUGCAAUAUACGGCAAUACGGAGGGACCGGAAAUCUCCUUAACUCAAGUAACAGCUGCUGCCUUGGACUCAGAACCACCUACGCUGGUGAGGGAGGUCAAGAUUGUGGACACCGGCGUUAACUCUGUCACUCUCUCCUGGAAACAAACACCUGGUGCAACCGGCUACAAAAUCUCCUGGAUCCACUUCAAGGGGGGCGAAGAGAAGUCCCAUGUGUUACCGGCUGGUGUGACAACCUUCACGCUCAAGAACCUACACGAGGGCUCGGCCUACAAGAUCCAGGUGUCCCCCAUGGCGGGCAGCCGGGAGGGAAGCUCCGUCCUGGUCACGGCACGAACAUUAGACCUUCCAAAAGUGACUGGCUUCACGGCUAGGAACACCACGGACAGCAGCACUGUUCUGAGCUGGAACCGGGUGGCAGGUGUCUCCGGGUACCUUCUCAGCUGGCGGCACAUCUCAGUGUUUGAGACUAAAAAAGAGACGCUGGGUCUCAGUUUCACCUCCUUUCAAGUUGGUGAUCUCCUGUAUGGCAGAACAUAUAUUUUCUCCAUUAGGCCUUUGUACGGGCAUGCGGAGGGCCCAAUCAGCACUGUUUACCAGAGGAUUGUGGGACCGCAACCUCCAAGGCCUCAGCCAGCAACGGUGGCGCCUCACGUCACAGCCGGCGCCGCAACCCCUCAGACGGCCACUAGAAGCACCAGGCAGCCCGUUGUUGUUCCGCCGAUCAACACUGAUAAGAAGACCCCAAGUCAUCCGAUAGGCACCUCCCCCCAGUUAACUACACCUAGCGGAGUGACUACAGCUCCAACGCGAGCAGAUUGCAGCCAGAGCAAAGUGGACAUGGUGUUCCUGGUGGAUGAGUCGUCCAGCAUUGGCGCUAACAACUUUGACAAGAUCAAGGACUUCAUAUUCCGGGCGGUCACCUACUUCCCGGUCAUUGGUCCCGAAGGCGCACAAGUAGCCGUAGUCCAUUUCAGUGACGAGCCUCGAAUUGAAUUCCAACUCAACGAUCACAAAGACCGGAACUCUGUCCUGAGGGCACUGAGGGGACUACGCUACGGAGGGGGCAACACCAAGACAGGAAAGGGCAUCAGCUAUGUCCUGCAGGAGACGUUUCAGGAGUCUGCGGGCAUGAGGCAGGACGUGGCCCAUGUUCUGGUGCUGAUAACAGACGGCAGGGCCCAGGACAACGUGGAGCCUCCCUCCAGGAUCGCGCGCGCUCUUGGCGUCAGCGUCCUGGCGGUGGGCGUCGCCAACGCCGACCUGCAGGAGUUGAGGAGAAUCGCGGCUCCCGGCAGAUACAAAAAUGUCUUCUACUCGCCGACCUUCGAUGACUUUCCGUCCGUCGAGAGGGAAUUCGUCGGGAGCGUCUGCAGCGUGGAGCUCCUCUCCGAGUUCCAGCCGCGCGAUGACGAGGAGGAGGAGGAGUUGACUCAGCUGGACACGCCCACUGAUGACCCGAAGGAGCUGGCGAAACCUCAGGCCCCCUGCCAAUGUGUCAAGGGACAGAAAGGAGAACGGGGCGACGGUUUGGGAGGAGGGCUGCGCUUCAGGCAAACUCCCGGACAAUAUGAUCCUUUUAGUUCUUCCAAAGGCGAGAAGGGCGAAAAGGGACCUCCCGGAACAGACGGCGUUCCCGGACUGCCCGGCCGCCCAGGAAGAACCGGACCACCGGGCUCCGCCGGCCAGCGGGGCACGCCAGGUGUACCAGGCGAAAUGGGUCCUCAAGGUCCUACUGGUCCAAAAGGCCAGAGAGGAGAGCGAGGGGAGCCUGGUUAUGUGAUAGCAGCCCCAGAUGCAAACUUCAUCCCCGGGCCAAAAGGAGAACCGGGAUCCUCAGGUCCCCAGGGACCUCCUGGAGAUAUUGGAGUCCCAGGUCUGCCUGGCCCGGCAGGACCACCGGGAAACUCCGUCAAGGGGGAUCGUGGAAAGCCGGGAGAAAAGGGUUUACGUGGGAAGCCGGGCACAAAGGGUGACACGGGAGAAGCUGGAAGCAAUGGAGUCGCAGGCUUGCCCGGACCAAUCGGAGUCAGUGGCGUACCGGGUGUCAAAGGAGAGAAGGGUGAAGACGGACUUGGCUUCCAAGGUGCUCGGGGCCUUUGCGGGGAGCCGGGAGAGAAGGGAAAUGUGGGCGUAGCGGGACCGGUCGGCCCGAAGGGUGAACUUGGAGAACAAGGCGUCCAAGGAGCCAUAGGACCUCGGGGGAAAAAGGGAUUCAAAGGCGAGCAAGGGGACAAGGGGCAACAAGGAGAAAGGGGACCCGGUGGACCACAAGGACCAACAGGACCGACGGGACCAAUCGGCUUAAAGGGAGAUGAAGGUCCAAGAGGAGCCCCCGGAGACGCCACCAAGGGUAUUAUUGGUCCGACUGGCAAAAAGGGCACCCGGGGAGACGUCGGCACGACCGGUCCCGCCGGCCCUCUGGGAACAAAGGGCGACCGUGGAGACAAAGGAGAAAAGGGAAGUCCAGGUUUUGGGAUUCCAGGACAGGGGGGACUAAAGGGAGAAAACGGCGAGCGGGGAAAUGUCGGUUUAUCUGGAAAACCGGGAGCGAAGGGACCGGAUGGUUCCAAAGGUGACAAGGGCGAUGUGGGCUCACAUGGAAAUCCUGGAGAAGCAGGAUUAACAGGUAAAGAUGGUGAAGCCGGGCCAAAAGGAGAACAAGGGAUGAAGGGGGAACAGGGCCCACAAGGAGCAUCCGGUGACCAAGGAAUUCGGGGCCCGUUAGGACUACCUGGCCAACCAGGAGAGAGAGGAGAUAUUGGAAACACUGGCCUGACUGGGCGUGACGGAGAAAAAGGCGAAAAAGGCGAGCCGGGAAAACCUGGACCUCCGGGAACGCAAGCGGUAGGAGACAAUAUCUUCACCAGAGUGAUCAAGGGCGAGCCCGGAGAGCCGGGUUUAACAGGCGGAAUCGGCCUGCCCGGACCGAGGGGUCCUGAGGGUAAACCCGGACAACCGGGAUCCUCUCCGGGCGGUUCCGGAGAAAACGGGCUUCAUGGCACAGCGGGAGAACCUGGCCUAAAGGGGGAGCGGGGACCAAAGGGAGAGGUUGGCACAAAGGGCGAGAGAGGCGAACAAGGUUGGCUGGGGAUCGCCGGAAUGCCAGGAUUACCGGGAGCUCCGGGAAGAGCCGGCAUCGACGGCAAGCGUGGACUCCCGGGAAAAGAUGGAGAGGGAGCACAAAAAGGGGAAGAAGGCAAAAAGGGGGAGAAAGGGGACACAGGGGCAAACGGUAAAGAUGGCAGUAAAGGAGAACUGGGACCUCCGGGUUUGCCCGGGAAGCAGGUCCUCGUCACCGCAGAGGGCGCGACCGUCGACGAGAUCCGCCAAGCCUUUCCCGUGCCCGUGGGUCCUCCAGGAGCGUCCGGCUCUCCGGGAAUGAAGGGAGCUAAAGGAGACAUGGGCAUCAAAGGGGAAAAGGGUGAUACGGGAGCCGCUGGGAAAUCACUGGAGAUGACUGACAUCGAAGCCAUGUUUGAAACUUACGGCAUCGAGCUGCCCCUGUUGAAGGUUUUGAUUGACAGGCUGCUGCAGGGCGGCAUGGAGGAGCUACUUCACACGCUCGGGAGCGCCAGCAAGAUUCAGCAAAAUGCAGACACGGGAAAGGAAGACGCACGAACGUCCAACGUCAUUACCAAAUACACAAGCGCGCUCAACAUUGAAUUAUCCAGUCAGCCGCGAGUGGACGCCAUUGAGGAUUUUGAGUUGGACCGACCAACGCAGCCUGACUCUUGGAAUGAAACUACAGAGGGUCCAACAUUAUGGACCCCACAGGAAAAGGAGUUGGGGGAUGCUCUUGAGGGGCCGUCCAAAGAGAAGAAAGUCAAUGGAACGUCGUUAGCCAAAACCAAUCUGACUCCCGUCAACUCCACUUUUAAUUUCACUUCAAACCAGACGAUUUCCACCCGAGCGGGAGAUGUCGUCCAGGCGCUCGCGCUAUCUCAAGGAAGGAAAAGCGCAGGACGAAAGAGGCCGAACAGGGAACGGGGGAAGGGCAGAGGAAAUAAAGGACGGCACACGAGGCAGACGCAUGAGCUGGCGAGCGAGCGGUCGGAGGAGGAGGAAGAGGAAGAGGAGGCCCGAGAUUACGAGCGAGAGGAGGAUGAGAUGCCGCUGCCAUUUCCUCCUAUCACCACGCAGGACGCGGACAAGGUACCCCCAAUCGGGAACAAGAGGAACUGGUCUGACUCAGUGAAAAGGAACAUUAGAGGUGGAAUCCGGCGACAGGUCCUGAUGGCGUCAGCCGCUCAAAGUGCGCAAGAAGGGUCCGGGCCUGAUGAUGAGGAGGAAGAGGAGGAGUGGAGUGGCGACGGGGAGGCCGAGCUGGAGAGGAGGAGGGCUGGGAUGGAGAGGGCGGGUGAGCAAGGAGGUGGGCACCCUUACCCGUGCCCCCCUGACCUUUUUCACCGCAAGGGGCGACCAGGUGAGGCUGGAAUGCAAGGUCCAAAGGGGGACGUUGGAGAGAAGGGACAAAAGGGAGAACCAGGCAUCGGCCACCGAGGCCCCGAGGGUCACGCUGGUCCGCCCGGCAACAAGGGUGAACCGGGAGAGGCGGGGCCGCCGGGCGCUCAGGGAAUCCAAGGCAUCCGCGGGAGCGCAGGCACGCGGGGGUCCCCGGGCAUCGGGGGCCCCCCGGGGGACCCCGGCCGGCCCGGCGGAGAGGGCGAGCGAGGGAAACGGGGGAAAAAUGGACCGCCGGGAGGCACGGGACCUCCAGGAGCGCCUGGACCUGAUGGAUCACCCGGUGUGUCUGGAGUAAAAGGCCAAAAGGGGGAGAGUGUUCCAGGAGAGCCAGGGCCUCGAGGUUUGACCGGCUUCCCUGGAAAAAGGGGCGAGAAAGGGGCCCCGAGUGAGACAGGAAGCCCGGGACUUGUUGGCUCCAAAGGUUUACGUGGUUAUAAAGGUGUAAAGGGCGAACGCGGGUUGCAAGGAGUCAGAGGAGAACGGGGGAGUGACCUUCAAAUUCACGGGCCUCGUGGCUUUAAGGGCGCCAAAGGCGACGCGGGUGAGCGAGGCUCUCCGGGAUUUGAAGGCGAUAAAGGGGAGAAGGGCGAGGACGGCCCACCUGGUAUUAAGGGCCUGAAGGGUGAUGCGGGCACUAAAGGCGCUUUGGGACGCUUUGGCGGUCGAGGACCGGGCGGUCAGAAGGGAGAUUCAGGAGAACCGGGUGACUUUGGAGUCAUGGGUCGUCCCGGAAGUGACGGCCUGAACGGCACCAAGGGGGACAAAGGAGACACGGGACUCCAAGGCCAGAAGGGUAAUCAGGGGGAUUCGGGAGAAACCGGUUCGCCGGGAGAGAAGGGAGCCAAGGGAGAGAAGGGCUUCCGGGGCAUCCCGGGACGCUUCGGCAGUCCCGGCCUCGGCGGCGAUCAGGGGGACGCGGGCUCACCUGGCGCCCCCGGCAUACCGGGCCUGAACGGACUCACCGGACGAAAGGGCGACAAAGGCAACGCCGGCACGAAUGGCGUCGGCGGUGAGUCGGGAGGAAAAGGGGAGAAGGGCGCGGAUGGUUUCCCAGGCUUCCCGGGAUUCAAGGGCUCGGCGGGAAGAUCUGGAAAGGAUGGAGGCCGAGGACCACCGGGGGGCCCAGGACCCCGGGGGGACACGGGAGCCAAGGGCGAGAGGGGCCGCAGAGGAAAAGCGCCGCCGUGUCAGCGAGGAGCGCCCGGGACUCCUGGACUGAGAGGCCGGAGUGGUGUGUUGGGAAUCGGCGGAGCGAAGGGCAACAAGGGGGAGCCCGGCCUCUCGGCUCAUGAAGUGAAGAAGCUCGCCACCCAGGAGAUGAAAGACAAGUGCGGCUCGGCGUACGAGUUGACGUUGAGGUCGGCGGAUCCCGACGGGACGUCCCCGCGCGCCGACCCCCGCGACCUUGACGAGGAAGACUAUGGCGGCAGCGUGGAAGAAAGGACGAAGACGCAGGGAGGAUUCCCACCAAACGGCACCGAUGGCGUGGAGACCCUCCAGAGGAAAAAAAGACGAGUUUUUGGAGCGAGAUCCUCUGGGUCCGAGCGCUGCCUGGAGCCCAUGUCGGAGGGCGGGUGCGCCGACUACGCCCUCCUGUGGUACUUCCACGCCGGGGCGGGCGAGUGUCGGCCCUUCGUGUACGGCGGCUGCGGCGGCAACCGCAACCGCUUCCCUUCACGGAGAGAGUGCCGCAGUCGUUGCGGGGAGACGCGCCCAGGAAGAUGACAGCAGUGCCUGGACAAUUGUGCGUACUCUGCCUGCGUUCCUGAUGAGGGGCCACAGGCGGACACGAGGGUGGUGGGGGUGGGGGGUGGUUGUUGACGUGUGGAGCCCCACCCGCCUUAUUGAUUCAGAUUCCCUCGCGCACCAUCACGCUCCCCAACAAGCUAAAGAGACGCGCCACUCUCUUCAGGCUCCAAUCUCGUCCCUUUCAACCUCAACUUUAUUUAAAGAGCACUUUAUAAAACAGAACCUGAAAAACAAUAAGUAAAAUACAUUGAAUAUUCCUGUUUAGGUUAUCUUUAAAAAACAGAAUCAGCCGGUGACAGCAAAACUUGUGCAGCGCCCCGUCUGCGCCUUUAGACCAAACCCUGACGCACCUGCAAUCGUCGGCACGAUUGAAGCACAUGUGGCAGGCAGAGAAGCACACGUGGCUUCCCUGGAGGAGGUAAUGACGUCAAGAUGCCGAGUGAUGGACAUUCAUCUUCACUUGAAAUAAAAACCCACCGUAUUUCA